AGAGUGGUUGUGUUUAGUGUGUUGGUCGUGUGUUUUGUUUUUUUUAAUCCAAAAUAAAUGAUUGCUAAAUUUGUUUAAAUAAAUACGACACUUGGCGGAAAAAUAAACGGUUUUCAUGGAAAUUGUGUUGCAGCUGGUAGUAAACUAGUUUACAAAUAAUUGAAAAGUCUGUUAUUUUUGCCGGCAAAUCUUUGUGUUGCUAGAGAACAAGGAGGUUGCGCGCAAAUAACAUUUCAUUCGUGUGCGUGUGUUCGUAUCUACAAUAAAUAAAUUUGGUUUUUUGUUUGAUUUUAACAAAGAAGAUAAAAAGCAAUGUAAUAUAAAAAAAUAAAAUAUCAAAAAGCACACAUAUUCUUCGGUUAAAAAUAUAAUUUUACAUAUAUAUGUAGAUAUUUCAUUGGCGGAUUCAAGCAAAGCGGAUUCCGAAAAACAGAACAAUAUAUAAUAGGCGGCUUGAUUAAAAGAAGUGAAGUGAAAAGUUUUACACUUUGUUAAACCUUACAGAAGGUCAACUAAAAGAAAGAGGAAUAUGUUUGAAUUGGAGGAGUAUGCAGGUGGAUUUCAUGAUGGAUUCCUUAAUAAAUAUGCGGAUUCGUCUGGUCCUACAUUGGAUUUUUACAUAUCAGACUCGCUGCAGGAUAUGCUGGAUAUAGAUAUACGAAGUGAGGUUGCGAAUGUUGUGGGGAGUGCUAAUGACUAUGAGAGUUGCCUUGGAGGUCUACCAUCUUCACUUGAACAUGCCACAGAUUCAUUAUCACUAUUGAAUAGCAAUUGCAGUAGUAACGCUGGGAGAGAUAGCGGAAGUAUUGGCUGCAGUUGGAAUACAUCUUCAGCCUUUGGUUUAGGUUCUUCAAAUUCUUCGUCUUCGUGGUUUGGUGCAAACAAUGAUUUUCUUGCGGAUGUAGGAGCGUGCGUUAAUCCGAUAUCUGUAAUGCCCUUGAUAUCAUCAUCCCUAAUUCACAUGUCUCCUAAAACAAAUCUUAAUGCGAAUAUCCUGCGUAGCAACUCCCCUCCGCCCCCGUCACCUAAUGUUAACGAUACCAAGUCACACUUGACUUUUUCGCCUGCUCAUAUCAAAAUCAGUGCGCACUCUAUACGAAAUGAACAAAUUACAUCUCACAUACCAAAGCAGAUAGUGGCCAUUUCAUCGGCAGUAACAUCGGGUACAACAGUUCCAGCUACUCUGGCGACGAAUUCCGCGCAGCAACGCAAAAAUGCAGCUGUUGACGCCAUUCGAAAGGAUUUGGGAGCGGAUUUAAGAAAAGUUGUACCCAUAUCGACGACCGGCGACAAUAUAUUAUUUAAAACGAGCACUGCAACGUCGACUAGUAGUCAGUGUAGCAUUAGUAACACUACUAGUGCAAAAACUACCAUCACAACGUUUGCUGGCAAUGGUUCUUCUGUACACCAAGGCCACAAUAACAGCAGCAGUAUUAAUAAUAACAUAAAUUCAUUAAAUGGUGGAUCUAUUUCAUCGAGCACAAUAAAGCUAGGCCCUGGUAUUGGUGGGUUAACAUUUGCCAACAACAUUACCUAUAACAAGAUGAAGCAGCAGUCACACAUGAAAACAUCAUCAGCAUCUGCAUCCACAUCUGCUACGAUAUCGUCAAAUGGCACAAUCGUUUUAAAACGUGACCGUGAAUCUAGUACUAUGCAAAACAACCUAUCCAACAAUGCCAGUAAUAGUCAACAUGUGACCAAAAUUUUAUCACGGAAUUCGAUUCAGUCAUCUUCUAGUUUUACACCGAAAUCGAUUGCAUCUUCAGCACAUCACACCUCAUAUGCACUUCAUCAGCACAAUAUGGUGAAUGGAACAUCUUCCCUGACGAACAAUGCCAACAAUAGUAGCGGCAAUCACAGCACUAGUUUGGCUAACAACUCGGCUAAUUCAAGCGUCAGUGUUUUUAGUGCAAGCGGUUUGUCUUCCAUCAGCAGCAAUUCAUCUUCGGGCAAUACAAACACAAAUAUUAUUGCCGUUAAACCACUUCAGCAGAAAAUAAAAGCAACUGUUGUCGAAUCGGAAUUCCCAAAGCCCGCUUACUCGUACUCCUGUCUUAUAGCAAUGGCCCUUAAGAAUUCACGACGAGGAUCCCUGCCAGUUUCGGAAAUUUAUAGUUUUAUGUGCGAACACUUUCCGUACUUCAAGACAGCACCAAGUGGGUGGAAAAAUAGCGUUCGACACAAUCUUUCACUUAAUAAAUGCUUUGAAAAGAUCGAAAAGCCGCCCACAAAUGGCAAUCAGCGCAAAGGUUGUCUAUGGGCCAUGAAUCCAGAACGCAUAACAAAAAUGGACGAAGAAGUUCAGAAAUGGUCACGUAAAGAUCCAAUGGCCAUACGGAAUGCUAUGGUCUGUCCGGACAAUCUUGAGGCGCUCGAGCGUGGUGAAAUGAAGCACGGCAGUAGUGGUGAUUCCGACACAGAAAUGGACAGUCAGUCGGAAAUUGAGGAAGCUUCCGAUAUGGAAGAACAGGAAUUGGAUGAAACCCUAGUUGACAAUUUGCUUGUAGAGGAGGAUGUCGAUGACGAUAUGAUCAACGGUCAAUCUCCACACCUUCAUGACCACAACGACGACAACGAUAGUUGCGAAGGUCUGGACAGAAAAAAUUUACACACCACCAUAAAUUCACCUCUCACAAUACCAACAAAGACAACAACCAGCAAUAACCCCGCCACUUGUAUAACAACGAAUAUUCAUCGGGAUUUCGAUAUUGAGGUAGAAGACAUUUAUGAUGCUAUUGAUAUCGACGAUGAUAAGGAAGCCGUGCGAAUGGCAAUAAGUCAGUCUGACAUUAUAGAAUUGAGUCCGGCCGAUUAUAACAUAUCGGGUGAUAGUAGUCAUCAAUCACCGAAAAGAGCUCGACUAAAUGUUAAUUACUCUAUUGGUCCUGCUGGCGAAAUAGAGAAACACUUUCAAACUCACAAUCAUCAACAGCAACAGCAACUACAUAUUCAAAGCAUUAAGAAAAUAGUCAAAGUUCAAAAUGUUCAUGAUUUGCAGCAAAUCCAACAACAGUUGCAACAGCAGCAUCAGCAGAUCGUUGUGCAAACCAUUUCAACAAACAGUGGUUCCAGUCAGCAAACACUUCAACAACAAGGUAGCGCACAAUUUACCCACCUUGGUCGUAAAAUGCAAUUGGUGAACCGAAUUUCAUAAGUUUAUUUUUGCAUAAAUACGCACAUAUUGUUGGCAUCCGCUGAAAAAUAUGUUGCGUUUCGUUGAAAACAGUGUUUGUUGUUAACAAUCGAAAAUGCUUGUUUAUACAUUUCAUAUUGUUAAUGCAGAACAACAAAAUUCCAUGUAUACAAUAAUUUGUUUUCCAAUAUUUUAUUGCUCUACAAAAUACGCUUAAUUUUACUUUAAGUUUUUCUUGUAAUUUAAUUU